AUGGGGACUGUGAAUAGUUGUCACAAUGAAGCUAGAAUACAAUUUGAGGCUUUUCAAGAUCAAAGGCAUAGUGUGGAGAAUAUUUUACGAGUACAUAGUCGCGAUAUGAAAAUUGAUUAUCGGACUCGUUUAACAGCAAUGUUGGAUGUGACACGCUUUCUAUUGAAGCAAGGGUUACCCUUUCGUGAACACGAUGAGUCAACUAGUUCUUCAAAUAGAAGUAAUUUUCUUGAGUUGCUUGAAUGGUAUAGUCAACGAAAUGAAGAGGUUUCUAAAGUUAUAAAACAAAAUGCUCCUACAAACAAUCAAUUGACUUCCCCAAAAAUUCAAAAGGAUUUAGCACGUGCUUGUGCUUCAGAGAUCACACUUGCUAUAAUCAAUGAUAUUGGAGAUAAAUUCUUUUCUUUGAUGGUUGAUGAGGCUCGGGACAGUUCAGUGAAGAAGCAUAUGGGAGUUGUUUUGAGGUAUGUGAAUCAAAAAGGAUGUGUGAUUGAACGAUUUCUUGCAGUUGUGCAUGUGUCUGACACUAGUUCUCAUUCUUUGAAAAUGGCUAUUGAUGUUUUAUUUGUGCAACAUGGUUUAUCAUUAUCUAGAUUGAGAGGCCAAGGAUAUGAUGGAGCUUCAAAUAUGCGUGGUGAGUUCAAUGGAUUGAAAUCUCUGAUACUACAAGAAAAUCCAUUUGCAAUAUAUGUUCACUGUUUCUCUCACCAGCUCCAAUUAGUUCUUGUUGCUGUUGCCCAUGACAAUUUUACUGUGAGUGAAUUUUUUGGGUAUAUCACUAUGAUUGUGAAUAUAUCUGGAGCAUCUUGUAAGAGGAGAGAUCAACUUAGAAAAAUUCAACAUGAUAAAAUAAUUGCUGAAUUGGAAAGUGGAGAAAUUACUAGUGGAAAAGGAAAAAAUCAAGAAACUAGUUUAGCAAGACCUGGAGAUACUCGUUGGGGAUCACACUACUUAACAUUACUUCGUUUAUGCUCUAUGUGGUCUUCAGUGAUAGAAGUGUUAGGAAAUGUACAUGAUGACGCCUCUUAUUCUGCGAAUAAAGGUGUUGCCAUAGGUUUAAUUGAGAAGAUGGAGAGUUAUCAAUUUGUUUUUGUUUUACAUUUGAUGAAGUAUAUAUUGGGAAUUACAAAUGAGUUAUCACUUUCCCUACAACAAGGGGAUCAAAAUAUUGUUCAAGCCAUGUCCUUGGUUAGAAGUGUGAAAUGUCGACUACAAGACUUCAGGGAAGAUGGAUGGCAGAUAAUUUUGGAACAAGUUAACACAUUUUGUGAAUUGAAUAUGAUUCCAAUACUUGAUAUGGAGAACAACAUGCUAACUCGUGGUCAUGGUAGGCGUAGAGGGCAACUCAUCAUCAAUUUUCAUCAUUAUCGUGUAGAGAAUUUUUGUCAGAAAUUGGUUGAGACUGAAAAACAUUUGGUGUUCCCAUUGGUUUAUCGUAUGAUAGAGUUGGCAUUAGUUUUACCAGUUGCAACUGCUUCGGUUGAACGAGUUUUUUCUGCAAUGAAGACUGAUUUACGCAAUAGAAUAGGAGAUGAAUGGAUGAAUGACAGUCUAGUUAAUCCAAUUGCCUCCUCUUGUACCGACUCGUCGGUCGUCACAGACUUCUGUGCCAACCAGGAAAUGAAGCUCACCUAUGGAAGAAAGGUUAUGGAGAAUUGGUCGAGUAUUAAGUGGGACAAGGGAAAGGCUCUCAAGUUCUAG